CCAUGUGGGCUCGGGACGUCAGCGGGUGUCGCUGAGCAGCGGCGCGAAGCCCCCUAGGGGACAGGACCUUGGCACCAGCUCGGCAGCCCCCACCGUCUCGCUGCUGCCCUCCCCUCUCGCUCGUUCCCCGGCGCACAUCGCCAUGGGCAAGAGCCGGACGAAGCGCUUCAAGCGACCUCAGUUCUCCCCUACGGGCGACUGUCAGGCCGAGGCGGCGGCGAACGGCACUGAGCGAGAGGAGGACGACGGGCCGGCGGCGGAGCUGCUGGAAAAGCUCCAGCAUCCGAGCGCCGAGGUCCGCGAGUGCGCCUGCGCGGGGCUGGCCCGGCUGGUGCAGCAGCGGCCGGCGCUCCCGGGCCUGCUGCGCCGGGACGCUGUGCGCCGCCUCGGGCCGCUGCUGCUCGACCCCAGCCUGGCGGUGAGGGAGACGGCGGCCGGCGCGCUGAGAAACCUCAGCGCUUGUGGAGGCUUUGACAUUUGUGACGACAUGGUGACUAAGGAUAUCAUGACUCCUCUGGUGGCACUGCUAAAAGAGUGUAGCGCUGGACUGGAUUCAAAUGAGACGUCUCCGGAAAAAAAAGAUCGGAGCAGAAAUUCUGUUGAGAACAUAGCCAAUGAGGCCGUGAACGUGCUGUGGAAUAUAUGUGAAUGCAGUAGUAGAGCAGUGUCUAUAUUCACCAAAGAAGGGUGUUUGGAGAUUGUAUUAAAGUAUUUAAGUAGGUUUUCCACCAAUGUUGACCUGGCUAUUUCAGUAGCAUAUUGUUUGCAGACGGUGACUGAAGAUAACCCCGAGCUACUGAAAUCUUUCAGUGCCCCAGCGUUGCAUGUGCUGGAAUCAGCAAUGCUUUCUCCUGUCAAUUCCAUGGAAUACAUUCUGUUAAAGACGUUGGUGUCAGGCACAGUUUGGAAUCUAAAAGACGUUAUUCCAUCUAAGAGUCAGGCAGAAAUCAUAAAUGCCAUUCUCAAGAUCUUAUCUGAAGUUUUGGAAAUGGAUGCUGGUGAAACGGUUAUUCGAAUGAAGGAGGCUGAAACUCAGAAGUUAAAAACUGCUGCAGAGACUGAGGAAAUAUUAGAAAAUGCUAAUGGUGAUGUUUUGAUUGAAGAUGAUGAAAUGGAAGAAAUUCCUCAUAGAAGAAAAGUCAGAAGGAAAACUUUCAUUUCAGAUUUACUUCCACCCACUGACAAGGAACUGAGAGAGACAAUAGCAUUGCUGACAGCUCAGCAGACUGCUCUGGAACUCAUUGUCAACAUGUGCUGCAGUGAAGAUCCCUCUGAUGAUGAAUGGGAAGAGCUUUCUAGCAGUGAUGAAAGCGAUGCAUUUAUGGAGAAUUCCUUCAGUGAGUGUGGUGGACAGCUGCUUUCUCCCCUCUGCCUCUCGCACGAGGUUCACACCGCCCUCACCAACUACCUCAUCCCAAAGAAGGUUUUUGAGAAAACUGCCUUUCCAAACAGCAUUGCAGUUGACAUAUGUUUUAGGAACCCCACUUGGAAACCUUUGAUUAAAAAAAUGAACACUAUUCAGUGCAGAGCCCUCGUGUGUCUGCAGAGUCUGGUGUCCCUCCUGGACGUGGACCAUCUGGGAGGAGCCCCAGCCCUUCAGGCACUUGCACAGCAUCUGUCACAGCUGCUUUUUUCUCAGCCAGAUUUUGCUGAGCAUGUUGACUUUCUAGAAGCCAUAAGUAGUGCCUUGAGGGCCCUUUUGCAAACAAUGGCCUCCAAGAGCAUUUCUCAGUGCAUGACUGCUGAUCAGCUGAUGACACUGUGCAAAGCAGGCAUUCACAGUAGUAAUGUCGGGGUUCGAGUCAAUGUUGUUAGUAUUUUAGGAAUCACUGGCAGCGUCCUAGCCAAAGAAGAUGGUACGCUUGAAACUCUUAAGGCCAUUGGGUGCUUUCUGCUUGAGGUGGCCACGAAAGACCCUUCCCUUGUGGUAGCAGGAGAGGCUCUGGACGCCCUCUUCGAUGUUUUUGCGGAUGGUAAAGAAGCUGAAAGGGCCUCCGUUCAAAUUAAAUUGUUAUCUGCUCUGAAGGAAUUCCAGCCAGUCUUCAAAAUGAAGAUACGAAAAGAAGGGAGAGGUAAAUACAGUCCAGAUCAGCUGUGUGUUCUCGACAAUGUGAAGAUGAAUUUGAGAAGGUUUGUCGCUUAUCAAGAAACUGUUGAAAAAAGACUAACUUCUUGAACCAUUGGAAGAGAAACCACCUCUUGCCUCAAAGUGUUCAAUGCUAAGGGAUAUCAAAGGGUUUCCUUUGAGUCUGUAUGUUUCAGAAAGUCAUUUUUAAUGCCUGUAUUUCUGUACAUUAAUUUUGAAGUUCUAAAAACUUCAAAACUUGUCAGAAACUCUUUUUUAAGCUCUGGGAUCAGUGUGGCAUUUGUAGUGCCCUCUAAAUUAUGUUUCCAGCAUAUUUUAAUCCCUGGAAACAGGAGGAGUGGAGGAGUGGAAUCACAAAGGAAUCUCAGGUGGUUCUUUGUGAGCAGUGCAAAAACUUCCAAACAAUCAUGUUUUCCUUGAAUUUUUCAAAAAAGGAAAAUCCAGAGCAUUGCUUGGAUGCUCUUUUAAGCCAGUAUCAUUUUGUAUUAGGAGGAUCUUUGACUGAAAUCUGACGACAAGCUUUAUAAAAUUUUUUUGUAUGAAGUAUAUCAAGUAGGCUUACCUUUGGUGAAGACGUGAAUGAGUUGAAUUUGUAAUCCACUAUUUAGUAGAUAGAAUAUACCAAUGAGCUAAUGAGGUCAUUGUCAUCUUCUCCACAAAUGGAUCUGAUCAGUUACUGCUUUGUAACAUCACUCCUUGUUUGGUUUGAUAUGGAAUCAGAAUUGGGAGAAAAUAUUUUUUAAUAAAUAACUUUUUAAUUGAAA